AUGAAAUGGAGGGAAUUGGCAGUUUGGUAUGGAUUCAUCUUGACUCCUUGCAUCGUGUCAGCACAAAGAACAGACACCGGUCCAGAGUUUGGAUUUGCCCAAGCUUUGAAUAUCGGAGGCAAUAUUGAUCCAGAUCCAUUUGGGACUGAGUCCGCUUUUAAUCCAGUGCCAAUCCUUGACGAUCUAGCUAAUGUGCCACUAGAUUUCUUGGGAGGAACAACAAUGAGGCCUCCAGAUUUCUCCUUAGAAAGGAUAUUUGAGAACAUCACUCCACCAGACGCUUCUGCAAAUGACGGUUUAUUUACUGGUAUAAAUUCUUUCAAUGAUAUUUUGUCACCAGAUGGAAUGGUCGACUUUCAACUUCCACCAGGAACAAAUGGAGAUGUCUUCCCUGUUAACAACUCAAACUCUAUUCCAGACACUAGUCAAACUAGCGGUGAACCCGUUCUUCCAGAGCUUCCCGAUUUACAAUCAGUGAUGUCUAUGCAAUCCCCGCCUUCGUCUCAACCAAAUUCCCCGUCGGCCACCACAAACCAACAAGAGAUUAAUCCUAAUUCUUUACCACAGAACUUUCCUCCUGGGCAGCUACCAGUACCGAGUAGACCCAAUGCCCCUUCAUCUGUUAUAAACGACUGGUUAUCAUUUACUUCAGACCAGACACAACGACCCCAGAUAAAUAAUCAACUAAUUAGAGAUGCUACUGAUUUACAGUCUACAUCAUUUACUGGUGAUCAAAAUUUAGGAGGUAACAUAGCAAUUAAUGACAAUCAAAUCUCUGGAAUCAAUAAUGGACAGAAUGACAUGUGGUCAGAUAACUCGUUGUUUAACAAUCCAAAUCUAGGCGAUCCGUCCGAUAUUUUUGGAAAUAUGAACAUUCCAAUCGACUUUCCCAUUGAAAGAAAUUCUGCACAAAGUGGGAUAAGACAGCAACAGAGACCUUCUCUUCCUUUACCUGAAAUAAAUACAAAUCAGAAUCGUGCUCUUCAAUUGUCAGUUCCAGAAAACCAAAUUACCGGACCGUCUGUGAACAGACCAUUUUUGCCACCAUUUAAUCCUCAAAGCAGGAUUCCAUCGGGAUUCGCGUCAGGUCCUAACUGGAGAGAACCCACUGAACCUACACCACCAGUAUUUCAGGUGGGUGGAGGACUACCAGCCCAAGAGACUCAGAUUAACCCUGCCCGAAGAAUCGACCCAUUAAAUGAACAAAUCCUUAUAAGAGAUGUCUUCCGAGAUUCUCCCUCGUCAGCACAAAAUAGCAGAAUCAGGUCUAGGAAUCUAGAAAGGGAAAAUUCUAUCAGCAGUCAAGCUCGAACACUGCUUUCCUCUCCAAUGCCCAUUACUCGUCCAUCUCGCGUCAAUAUGCCAAGUCCUCGACAGAUAUUUGCGAGCCGCCAACAAUCUCAAAUACAACCGAGAGCUGGUUUAACGGCCUUUCCUCAAUCUUUUGCUGCUCGACGAUCCCCAUCACUGAAUAUAUUUCAGGGAACCCCAACAAGGCCAACAAACAUACAGAUGAGACCAUUGCCAAGGAACCCUUUUCUAUCAUCAGCAACCAACAACCAAUUUAGACCAACUUUACAACCUCUUCCCCGUGCAAACAAUCAAUGGAAUUCUGCUCGAACCGUUGCACGUGCAGUACCAUUUGGAAACCAGGAAGCAGCACGCUUUAUAACCGAUCAGCGUAAUAUGAAUAGAAACAUGCAAGUUUGGACAAGGAUUGAAGGUAGAGCUCAGAACAUUGCUGGACAAACAUCAUUUCCACGCAACCAAUUAGGGCGUUCAGACUUGGCCUUUAGACCUUCAAACCAGUUUCGUAUCAAUCAAAGACUACCCGAAUCACUUCUCAGAGGACUUCCUAUUCCUCGACAAAGGCAAGUCUUACGCUCAACUCCAUCGACACCAAAUACUUCACCAAUCAGUUCUCGGCAACUACCAUUCCGACUUCAAGGCGCUUCCCAAUCACCCUUAGAAAGAAAUCGCUUCCGAAAUUCUCCGAUGCAACCUUCAGUUACGCCUGGUUUACAACCUCGACAACAAGGGAGAGAAUUCCCGAUUGGAACCCAAAGAUCAAUACAAGGCGGACGACUGCGUGAAAAUCAGAGAGGACGACAAUUCCCUAGAGGACAAAUUCCGAAUCGAAUGAUUGUUGAUCUGCCGCUUAACCAGCAGACGACUAAUAAUCCAUUCGGAAUACGACAAGUGGCUCCACCUGUCUCCCCAUUAUUAAGGAACGAAAAUAUUCCCUUUCUGGGUUCAGGGUUCUUUAAUCCCAGAAUGAUGAUGCUGGCUGACAUAACAGUGAAACCAUCUUCAAAGAAAAAAAUAAAACCUGUAUCGAAACAGAAUGCAACACAAAAUCUAUUAGAAAAAGUCAAUCUACAGGGUUUAAAGAAAGUAGAGUAUAUCAAUACACCCGUGGUGAAAGAAAAUAGGCACGCAUGCACAGUCACCCUUCUACGGAAAACAGAUCAGAAGUACGCGCCUAUAGAGAGAUGCAAACAUUUCAAAAUGAAAGUUUGUCAUAGGGAUUUGUUUGUAAUUUUCCUGCCUUUAAUUUUGACACUUAGUGCUUUGUUUUCAGUUACUCUAAGUAGAAAUUAUUUCCUGUGGCAUGGAGUGCCGGAAUGGAGAAACAAGCUAGCCCUGAAAGACAUCCUAUGGCAAUCACGGGAGCGAAGUAAGAUUUUCUGCUCCUACCGUUGCCUGCAGGACCAGUCCUGUGUUUCGUUUUUCUACCAGAGCUCGACAAGGUACUGCCAGGGCCAUUCCUCAGUGUUUCUACGCCUGUCUGAUGCAAGUAGCCAAGAUUCCCCAGAUACAAUGUAUUACAAAAUUGCAUGUAAAGGGGGGCCUUCCUACAUCUAUGUCCGUGGCGCCAACACCUGCUACAGCGUGAAAGAGAAAAGAGGAUCGUGGUACACGGCUCAGGCUGAUUGCGGUUCCGAAAAUGCUUGGCUUCUGGAUUUGAGUAACGAUCGAAUUUCGUCUCAACUAAUGAAAAUGUUCAAUGAUCAUCCCGAUCCUUAUUUUGCCUACUUUUGGUUCUGGAUUGGAUUGACCAUACAGUCAGACGGACACUUUAUUUGGAGUCAUUCACAACAACCACUAAAUGGGUCAGAUUUUUGGUUACCAGGGCAACCAGAUAAUGCUACUGGGAACCAGAACUGUGUCUACAUGAGGAAUCAUGAUGGCCGAUUUCUUUGGGAUGAUAUAGACUGUUCGAUGGAAUUUAUCGAGUUCAUUUGUCAGUCUGAUGUUGUUUAA